GUGUUUUUUUUUUCUAUUGAGAAACGUGGUCUACUUUACCACACAGUUCCUGUUCUCAACCUAAAUAGAAGAUGAUCACACGUUAUUCUGUGCACUGAACCAUUUCAGUCUGUAGAAAGAUGAGGGUGAAUAUCCGCAGCUGCCUGUUGGCCUUUGUUCUGGGCUGUAACGUCACUGCAGGAAUAAUCCAUGAAAUAGUUGAAGAAAAGACACAGGUGACUCUGAGAUGUCCUCACUCUGUGGAGGGAUACGUGACGUGGAGCAGAGAGAGGAAUGGAGACAAAACUGACAUACUGACAGUUAAUGGAGACAGACUCAUAAAACACAUUGAUGACCCGGGCAGACGAUACAGUUCAUUGGCUGAUAAGUCACUGUUCAUUGUAAAAGUUGUCGUCUCAGACUCUGGAAGAUACUUCUGUAACAAUGAAGCAGCUGCAGAUCUGACGGUGAUCCCAUCAGGUAACAAGGCACCACCCACAACAACCACAAGGACAAACCCAACAACCCUGACAACAACCACACCAACAACAACCCCGACAACAGCAACAACAGCAGCACUUCCUCCAACAGAAGCAGCAGUAACAACUGUACCAUCAACUCCACCUCUGACUGAUAAAGAUAAGACUACAACAGAGAAACAAAGAAACAACAAGAAGAAGACUCCUUUCCCGUGGCAGAUGUGUGUUCGUACGGUGAUUGGAAUCCUCUAUUUAAUCAUCAUGAUCAGCAUCACCGUCACCACCUGGAGGAAAGCUCGACAAACAGCAGAAGCGACACACAGCAGAAACAGGAAGUGAUGUCAGAUCCUCCAUCACGCAGAAACAAGAGCGGUAAAAACUCAACUGUCAUCAGCGUUCGUCCUCAUUCAGUACAACAGAAAUCAGUCCUCGUGCUGCUUUCUACACCAUGACGACUACAGAAACUACUGUUACUUCUUCUACCACUGAUGUUGUGCAGCAACAACAACCAAACGUGGGAAACAAUGUAAUAGUUGAACUGUAAUGACCUGUUUGUAUAAUAGCCUGAACAAAUAAUGGACAAAACCUCCAGGCCUAAAAAAGGGAAGCCAAAGAUGAAGUGACUUAAAGUUGCAUUCUUCCUAAUUUCCAGCAGGGGGCGACUCCACUGGCUCCAAAAUGAAGUCUGUUUCUACAGAAGUCUAUGAGAAAAUGAGCUUUGUUUCUCACUUUAUUUAGUUUAUGGUCUC